AUGUAUAGAGAUGAGUUGGAAACAGCCUUGGAUGGAGCAUCCAUGGCCAACAAAACGGUGAUCAUCACCAUUGUGAACCGAGCCUACACCGAGGGCGACAAACCAAUGCUUGAUAUAUUCUUAGACGGGUUUUGGCUAGGAGAAAAUACAAGGCAAUUGACAAACCAUCUUUUGGUCGUGGCAGUUGACCAGACCGCGUUUGAACGGUGCCGGUUUCUUAGAUUACAUUGUUACUGGCUAAAAACUGAAGGCAAGGACUUCGCUAAUGAGAAGACUUUCAUGUCCAAGGAUUUCAUAAAGAUGAUGUGGAAAAGAACCCAUUUUCUUGGAGAUGUUCUUCGACGUGGAUACAAUUUUGUUUUUACGGACACCGAUGUUUUAUGGCUAAGGGAUCCAUUUGCAGUACUAACCCUAAAUGAAACUGUUGAUCUUCAAAUAAGUGUGGACCAGUUUAACGGCAAGCAAUGGUCACAAAAGAAUCCGAUAAACACCGGUUUUUACAUGGUUAGAUCCAACAACAAGACAAUCGCAUUGUUUGAUGAAUGGUAUGGGCAAAGAAACAACUCAACUGGAAAGAAGGAACAAGAUGUUCUUACUGAGCUAAUGAAAAAAGGUGCUUUUAAUAGGCUGAGGCUUAGGGUUCGGUUUUUGGACACCAAUUAUUUCAGUGGAUUUUGUCGAGAUAGUAGAGAUGCUAACGUUGUUUCUACUAUACAUGCAAAUUGUUGCAAGAGUAUUAGAGCGAAAGUCAUUGAUUUGGUCACGGUUAUUUAUGAUUGGAAGAGAUUAAAAGAUCCAUCUCGCAAUAAGACAAUCGAAUAUCGAUGGUCGAAUCACUCAGCAUGCAAAAAUUCAUGGAUUUCAUGA